AUGAUUAUCCUGCAAUAUCUUACCGCCGCCCUGACGAUCAAUUGGGUCCCAGCUACCCUCGGCAGCAUCAUUAGAGCCAGCUCACAACAGCCUCUUCCCCUCGAGGACCCCAGAUGUGGCGGAACAGGCCUAGCCGACCCUGAUGGGAACUGCAAUGGCGAUGGGAUCAUUCACGAUCCAAGUCCCCGCGAGCGAGAAGGAUUCCAGUUUGAGAAUCCCUCCACCGACUGUGAAUAUGUAUCGCAGAUGCAUAUUUGGGACUCGUUUAAAGACCUAGAGAAGGAUAUGACCAAGUUGUUCACACUGAUCAAUAAGGAUGUCAAUUUUACCGUUGUCGGCCACCAUCCAAUUGCCGGACGAUAUCAUGAUCUCCUACACUUUUACGUCAAUGCCCUGCGUCGUGUGAGCGUGCUGUUUAUGGACCAUGCCGAUAAAUUCGAGAUUCACCCGCAAGCAAUUCAUGGGGGAUGCAAUAGUCGGUGGUCGGUGCAGGAGGUCAAUUUCAAGGGCAUUAUGAAUUCUGGUGAAGCAUUCGAUAUUGUCAAUGUCUGGGUAACUCGCUGGCAUCCCCAGACGAAGCAAAUGGUCGAGAUACGAACCUACAUUGAUGCACCGCGCAUUAUGGAUGCGUUACACAAGAACGAGCUGUGGUGGAACGGGACCACUUUCCGUGAUAACUUCCAGUACAUGCCAGGGCCAGCGGGACUGCCCGAUCUCAAGCAACUGGAGGGUUUGAUGGGCUACCCGGACGGAAGAAAGUACGAGAAUUAA